CCCCGCCGGCCCAGCCGAGCCCGGAGGCCCCGGCGGCGCCGCAUGGAGCAGCCGGCGGCGGGCUGAGCCCGUGCCCGGAGGGAGGUCUCAUGGUACCAAGUGACGUGUCCCCCCUGUGAGAGUCGCACCCCCAACCUCCUGAGAAGAUGUCAGGGAUGCAGGCCGUGUGGCCGUCCGGUACAGAAUGUAUCGCCAAGUACAACUUCCACGGUACCGCCGAGCAGGACCUGCCCUUCAGCAAAGGAGACGUCCUCACCAUCGUCGCUGUCACCAAGGAUCCCAACUGGUACAAGGCGAAGAACAAGGUGGGCAGGGAGGGCAUCAUUCCCGCUAACUACGUCCAGAAGCGGGAAGGGGUCAAAGCUGGCAUCAAGCUCAGCCUCAUGCCGUGGUUCCACGGGAAGAUCACGCGGGAGCAGGCGGAGAGGCUGCUGUACCCCCCCGAGACCGGGCUGUUCCUGGUGCGGGAGAGCACCAACUACCCCGGGGACUACACGCUGUGCGUCAGCUGCGAGGGCAAGGUGGAGCACUACCGCAUCAUCUACUCCUCCAGCAAGCUCAGCAUCGACGAGGAGGUGUACUUCGAGAACCUCAUGCAGCUGGUGGAGCAUUACACCACGGACGCGGACGGGCUCUGCACCCGCCUCAUCAAACCCAAGCUGAUGGAGGGCACGGUGGCAGCGCAGGACGAGUUCUCCCGCAGCGGCUGGGCCCUCAACAUGAAGGACCUCAAGUUGCUACAGAUCAUUGGCAAAGGGGAAUUUGGAGACGUGAUGCUGGGGGAUUACCGGGGGAACAAAGUCGCCGUGAAGUGCAUUAAAAACGACGCCACAGCGCAGGCCUUCCUGGCGGAGGCGUCCGUCAUGACGCAGCUCCGACACAGCAACCUGGUGCAGCUGCUGGGGGUGAUUGUGGAGGAGAAGAGUGGCCUUUACAUCGUCACCGAGUACAUGGCCAAGGGCAGCCUAGUAGACUACCUGCGGUCGCGCGGGCGGUCGGUGCUCGGGGCAGACUGCCUGCUCAAGUUCUCCUUAGACGUCUGUGAAGCCAUGGAGUACCUGGAAGCCAACAACUUCGUACACCGGGACCUGGCAGCGAGGAACGUGCUGGUCUCGGAGGACAACAUCGCCAAGGUCAGCGAUUUCGGGCUCACCAAGGAAGCCUCCUCCACACAGGACACGGGCAAGCUGCCCGUCAAGUGGACGGCACCAGAAGCACUUAGAGAAAAGAAAUUCUCCACCAAGUCGGACGUGUGGAGCUUCGGGAUCCUCCUCUGGGAAAUCUACUCCUUCGGGCGAGUGCCUUAUCCGAGAAUUCCCCUGAAGGACGUGGUGCCCCGUGUGGAGAAGGGCUAUAAGAUGGACGCUCCGGACGGGUGUCCGGCCGUCGUCUACGAGGUGAUGAAGAAGUGCUGGACCCUGGACCCCGGCCACCGGCCGUCCUUCCACCAGCUCCGUGAACAGCUAGUGCAUAUCAAAGAGAAGGAGCUCUACCUGUGAGGGGGGGGCUCUGCCGCCCCACAGCCGCAGGGGACCCACGCUGGGGGGGGGACCAGGGUGUGGGCAGCCCCCCUGCCCCGCCACGGCACCAGGAGGGAGCCCCGGGGGUGUCUCCCCCCACCCCCCAAUUCCCCCGGUUGCUUCCAAACUUCCAAAUCUGUCAGUUUGUAUUUUUAUUUACUAGGUUUGGGGUUUUUUUGUUUGUUUGGGGUUUGGUUUUUUUUUUUUUUUUGGGUCUCCCA